AUGAUAAAAAGCGAGAAAGAAGGCAAACGUAAAGAAGUCUUUAUGGAGAGUGCGGACUGGCGUCAAGUAUACACACAAAUGGCCACAAAAACCAUUAGUAUUCAACCGAUUGUCACAUUAGCCGAACCAGAUUUGGCGGCAAAUAUUGGUAACAAUAAGUUGGAAGAACUUCUUAUGAAUGAAUCCGAGGAUAUGUGGAAAACCGCGAGAACUAAACUAAUGGAUCACAUCAUUGAAAGAAUCGAUAAGAAAACCAAAGAAUGGUUUGUUGUCUAUGAUGUGAAUAACGAGAAUAAUGUUUUGCAUAAAAAUAAACUUCAAUUUGAGUCUCGUUUUGAAAGUGGAAACCUGCGAAAGGUUUUACAAAACGAUUUCAUGUCCAAUGAAUACACCCUUCUAUUGAACACAGAUAUUAAUACGAGUUCUCACGUCCAGUGGUUUUAUUUCAAAGUCUCAAAUAUGAAGCCAGAGGUUGAAUAUGUGUUUCAUAUAAUUAAUUGCGAAAAGCAAAACAGUCUCUACAAUGAGGGUCAGAGACCUGUUAUGUUCUCCACUAAAGAAUCUCUUGUCUGCGAUAAACCAUUUUGGAAAAGAGUGGGCCAUUCGAUAGCAUACUAUAGAAACCAUUAUCUCACUGACGACUCAAUCGAAAAACAAACUCUUUGCACUUCGUUGGCUGGCAAUGAAGUACCGGUGCUCACUAUAACCAGUUGUAAAUCACCUGAUAAUGAAACUGGUCGUCAAUAUAUAGUAUUGAUGGGUCGGGUACACCCUUCUGAGACCAACUCUUCGUGGAUACUGAAGGGUUGUAUCGAUUUCUUAUUGAGUGAUAAGAUGUCUGCAAAGAAGUUACUCGAGAGUUAUGUCUUCAAAAUAAUUCCGAUGUCUAAUCCGGACGGAGUUAUCAAUGGAAACUCGCGGACGGGCGCACAGGGAGAAGAUCUGAAUCGACAGUGGCGUCGACCGAACCCUCUCUUGCAUCCGACAGUCUAUCACAUGAAAGCGUUGAUUAAAUAUUUGAGUCAUAUAUCAAACGACACAAAUCCAGUCGUUUUAGUCGAUUUUCACGGACACUCCCGACGCAAGAAUAUCUUUGUUUACGGCUGUUGUCCGUCGAUGUCAUGGAAGAGAAGUGAUCGAAACAAAGCCGAAGAUAACAGUCACUUAGCCCUACCGUUACUAUUAAACCUAACGGCGCCGGCAUUUAGUCUGAACUACUGUUCCUAUAAUAUAGAAGAGAGUAGAGAACGAACGGCGAGAAUAACCCUUUGGAGGGAAUUGGGUUUGAAAGCGAGUUAUACUCUCGAGUGCUCUCAAGCGGGUUGUGAUCAGGGAUUGUAUGACGGCUUUCAUCUGGGAAUCAAUGAGUUGACAGAAAUGGGACAUAAAUUCUGUGCUGCACUCAAUAGAUUGCAAUUCAUUUACGACCCAAACAAUUCUCGUCCCAUUCCUGCCGUUCCCUUUGAGUUGUUACUGGAAUCACAAGAUCUAUUAACAAACGUAAGUGAAGCCAAUUCUGAAGACACCGAUUCUUUGCACCCAUUUUGA